CCGUGGUCGAGAGCGGACGCCGCGCCGCGUCGUGCCGGCAGCGGCCCGCGUGAAUGCCGCGACAUCGCGGAUAGUGGUCAACUCAAGGUGUGUGUGUGUGUGUGUGUGUGUGUGCGCGCGUGUGUGUCGGCAUGGACGGCCCAUAUCAGCGGAUUUAGGAUAACCCUGCCUCCCAGUGACCAGUGACUACCAGGACCCCCAGGACAUCGAGGAUGCCGUGGCUCAAGUCGUGCCUGUCGCCGCAGCCCGCCCGCAAGAAGCCCACUAUCAGCCCGCCACUGCACUUGCUGCUCAAGCCCGACGGGGAGUCUCAGAACCACAUCUUCCGAGCCAAAGUCUUCAAGAAGCCGCGACCAUGCCACCUGUGUCACCAGCCCAUCCACCAACUCGGCAGCUGCUGCAGAGUGUGCAAAUACGUGUGCCACAAGGCGUGCGAGACCAAGCACAUCAAGGAGACCCAGAAGCCUGGCGCCAAGGGGAAGACCCUGACGCUGUCCUCGGCCAUCAACAACACCUCGGCCAACAACAACAACAUCAGCACCUUGCCCAACAACAACAGCGGCGGCAGUGGCGGCGCGGGAGGCGGCGGUGGCGGCGCGGCCUCGGCCGCUAAGGGCGGCGUCAACGGCCCCAAGGCCGCGGGCACGGCGCCGAGGAAGUCGCGGGGCUGGGGCGGCACUGUCGGCACGCAGGGGCCCAGCAAGGACGGCAUGGACCUGCGCUACGUCACGGAGCGCAUGAUCGCGCUCUGGGUGCCCGGCGACGUGAGCCGCGCCGCCUACCUGCAGGGCCAGCAGCAGGCCGCCAACAUGCUGCGCACCAAGCACCAGGACAACUACAUGGUGUUCAACCUGUCGGCGCCGCGCCGCUCGCUCCGCCACCACCACCACGCCGUGCGCGAGCUGGGCUGGCCCCGCGACCUGGCGCCGCCGCUGGAGCGGCUGUGCGCCAUCUGCAAGGACAUGGACUCGUGGCUGAAGGGCAACGCGCGGCGCAUCGCCGUGGUGCACGCCCGCGGCAGCAAGGACCGCAUCGGCGUGGUGGUGGCCGCCUACAUGCACUAUUCGCACAUCUGCGGCGGCGCCGACCAGGCGCUGGACCGCUUCGCCAUGAAGCGCUUCCUGCAGGACCAGGUGCAAGACGUGGAGCAGCCCUCGCACCGAAGGUACGUGGACUACUUCUCGGGACUGCUGUCGGGCUCCAUCAAGAUCAACUCGGCGCCGCUGUACCUGACCCACGUGACGGUGCUGGGGGCGCCGUCGUUCGAGCCCAGCCACCCCGACGGCCCGGACCCCGGCGGGGGCGGCGCGGGCGUCGCGGUGGGCGGCUGUAGGGCGUUCCUCAAGGUGUACGAGGGCCUGGUGCCCGUGCACACCUCGGCCGUCUACUGCGCCGCCGAGGACGCCAGGGCCUUCACCGUCAACGUGGCGGCGGAGCGCGGCCGGCGGGGGCUGCAGCUGCGCGGCGACGUCCUAGUCAAGUGCUACCACCGGCACUACAGCAAGAAAGGCGACCCGAACGACCCGGCGCACUUGAAGGAGGCGCGCGAGAUCGUGUUCGCGUGCCAGUUCCACACGUGCGCCGUCUCGGACUACACGCUGAGCUUCACGCGGAGCGAGCUGGACUACGCUUGCGAUGACUUGCGCUUCCCGCUGGACGGCGCCGUGGAGCUGCACUUCUCUCCCACGCCCGAGCCCCGCCUGCCGUCGCCGGCGCCCACCCCCGCCGUGCCCACCCUGGACUCGUCCGACGACCCCGUCACGCGGUGGGACUCGUACGAGCACCUGGGCCACCUGGGCCACGCCAGCGACGACGAGGACGACGACGUGCUGUCUGAGCAAGACGACGAGCUGAGCCACACGUAUGGCCCCCUGGACGGGUCGCUGUACGCCACGGUGGGGCGCAAGCAGCAGCUGCAGCAGCUGCAGCAGCAGGAGGAGCACCACCGCCGCAUGCUGCUGCAGCAGCAACAGGACCAGCAUCUGCAGCUGCAGCGCGCGCGGGCGCAGCAGCAGGCCGUGGGGCCGGGCAGCGAGCUCACCAUCUCCAUGGACUCGGGCAUCUCGUCGGCGGGCAACGGCGCGGGCGGCGGCGUGCUGGCGGCGGCGCCGUCGUCCACCAGCAGCCAGCGCGCCCUGGACGACCUCCUCAACGACAUGCUGCUCACGGUGGAGAGCAUCCCGGACCUGAAGCCGGACCAGCAGCACCACCAGAGGGCGGUGACGGCGCCCCCGACCAUGCCGUCGGCCCGCGCCGACCUUCAGCGCGCGCAGCGCUCCGGCGGCGAGCCGCGGUACCAGCGCGCGCCCACGUCAGGCCAGAGCUACGGCCACGCGCAGCCCGCGUCGUCCGACACCUUGACGGCCCUCACGCCCGGUGCGUGCGGCACCAACACGGACGCCGCGCUGGAUGACAUCCCGUACCACGCCCGCCUGGACGGCCGGCCCUUCACGUACGUGCCCGGCGCCUCCAACAACGCCGCCAGCCCCGCGCCGAGCCCCGCCGCCCCCAUGGCGCCCUCCGUGACCCCCGGCCACCACGCCGGCCACCACGCCGGCCACGCCAGCAACGGGCUGUCCAGCCCCAGCCUGGUGCGCAAGGCGUCCGGCCGCGGCCUCGCCGUCAAUGGAUACGCCACCUCCACGCCGCACGUCGUGCACGCCGCGCCGGCGCACCACGCCAACGGCGCCGCCUGGGGCUCGCCGCAGCCUCAGGCGCAGCCUCGCUUCCAGGACGACAUCCUCUCGGACGGCCCUGGCAGCCGCAGCCACCUGACAUGGCUGCAGCGGCAGCAGCAGAAGCUGCGCGAGCGGCGCGAGGGGCUGGUGCGGUCGGCGCGGCAACCCCACGAGGCGCGGCUGCUGUCGGAGCUGCGGUCGCUGCACCACGCCCACUCGGCCAGCAGGCGGCUGGACGGCUACACCAGCGACACCACCAUGUUCGCCGACGAGGACGAGGAGGACCUGUGCCGGCCGCUGCACAUCAACACGAGCGGCAAGCUGAACGGCGUGUCGGGCGGCAUGUCCGCGCCCGGGUCGCCGCUGCAGCGCCGCGCCGCGCCCUACACCAGCCAGCACGCGCCGCAGCCCUACAGCCUGUCGCGCCAGAAGUCGGACUCGUCCUUCGACCGCGAGCGGCCCUUCGUGGCCGUCAAGCGCGGCUACGAGCAGCGCGCCAAGUACCACGACUCGCCGGACAACGGCAGCCCCGUGCAUGCCGCGGCGUAUGACCGGACCGACCGGACCGACCGGGCGGCGAACCGCCUCCACUACAGCAACUACAGCAACCACCCGUACGCCAACGGCGCCAGCGCCGCCAACGGCACCAACGGCGCCAGCCACUACAGCACCCCGCGGCCAGACGCCGUGCCCGUGCUGCCCCACCGGACGACGCCCACGCCGCUGACGUACACCGUGGCGCGGACGCUGUUCAGCCCGCGCGGCCCCGGCAGCGGCGCCAGCGGCGCGAACCACGCCGUCAACGGGGUGGGUAACGGGAAGCACAGCGGGCCGCCCAGUCCCGAGGACGCCGUGCUACUGCUGUCCAGCACGCCGCCCGGCGGAGGCCUCGCCAACGGAGGGUUCUCCAACGGGGGUCACUCCGGUGGGAUACUCACCAACGGUGGGCUCUCCAACGGACGACAGCCCAAUGGGGGACUCUCAAAUGGCGGGCUCUCCAACGGCGGGCUCUCCAAUGGCGGGCUCUCCAACGGCGUCCUCCACCAAGACGCCCUCGCCUGCCUGAUGGCGUCCCUCGCCUCGCCGUCCGACUCCCCCCCCUCGGCGUCCACGGCGUCCCCCUCGUCCAUGACGCCGUCCCCGCCGGCCGCGUUCGCCACCAGCCCGACGAGCCCCGGCAGGAGCCCCGCCUCGCACUACCAGCAGCAGCACACCCCGGCACGCCACUGUAACGCUAGCGACUGCAGCACUAACAGCACCGCAUCGUUUGCAUGGCAAUCCCCGCAGCAGCGCGAGGACAGUUACUCUUCCUGGAGGAGCGAGGAUGACCGAUUCUCCAGGCCGCAGACUCCAGCCUUCCCCGUGCAGCCGCGGACGCCCUAUUACAAUGGCCACCAGUUUGACUCGGCAGGCCUGCCCCCCAAGAGUCCGACAACUCAGCGACGCUCGGGAUCUUUUAAGCACCUCCGAAGGUGGCCCUCCAACUCUUCCGUGUCUAGCAAGGACCGAUCCCCGUCGCCGAUGUCAGACCAACAAGGUCACGGUAUUUACAUGCAGCAUAGUCCAAAGAGUCCCAGCAACGGCGGCGGCCAGUCCUCGCCGUCCGUGUACUCGACGCGGCGCUCCUCGACGCACUCCAACAGCGAGCCGCCGCAGGAGGUGGCGGCCCACCACGUCAAGUUCGUGCGGGACACGUCGCGCUACUGGUACAAGCCCAACAUCUCUCGCGAGGAGGCCAUCGCCGUGCUGCGCGAGGCGCCGCCGGGCACGUUCGUGGUGCGGGACUCCAACUCGUUCCCCGGCGCCUUCGGGCUGGCCCUCAAGGUGGCCGUGCCGCCCGCCACGGUGGCGCAGAAGGCGGCCUUCUUCAGCGGCGACGCCAGCGAGCUGGUGCGGCACUUCCUCAUCGAGCCCACGUCGCGGGGGGUCAAGCUCAAGGGCUGCACCAACGAGCCCGUCUUCAGCUCGCUGUCGGCGCUGGUGUACCAGCACUCCAUCAUGGCCAUGGCCCUGCCCUGCAAGCUGCUGCUGCCUGACGGCGAGAUCGGCGCGCCCGUCCCCGGCAGCGGCACCAUCCAGGCGCGCCACGUGACCGACCUGGGCGGCAGCCCGUCCGGCAACACCAACUCGCACUCCGUGAGCAGCGCGCACCAGCUCCUGGCGCAGGGCGCGGCGUGCAACGUGCUGUACUUGUUCACGACGGACACCGAGUCGCUGACGGGCCCGCAGGCCAUCCGACGCGCCGUGCACCGCCUGUUCGCGUCGCGGCCCCUGCCGUCCGCCACCGUGGUGCACUUCAAGGUGUCCAGCCAGGGCAUCACGCUGACGGACAACAAGCGGCGGCUGUUCUUCCGGCGCCACUACCCGGUGUCCACCAUCUCGCACUGCGGCCUCGACCCGGACGAUCACCGGUGGAGCCAGAAGAGCCCCGAGACGGGCAUGCCCAUCAGCUCCAACCGCUGCUUUGGCUUUGUGGCAAGAAAGCCCGCCAGCAGAUCCGACAACCAGUGCCAUAUUUUUGCUGAACUAGAGCCCGAGCAGCCAGCAAAUGCCAUUGUUAAUUUUGUAUCUAAGGUUAUGAUGAGUGGGGUGGGGCAGAAAAAUGUUGUAUGAAGUAUAUUUGGGUCUUGAACUGCUGCUGCAUUCAGAAAACUCUAGUGGCGUACAACGAGAGAAGUGCAACACAAGGUGUGCUCUAGAGGGAUGAAGAUUUGACUUUCACGUUUUGUACAGUUGUAGGAUAGGAAUCUUACUUCUUGUGCACAAUUCACACAGCAGGGAUACGGAAUAGUAACUACAAUGUAUGAAUAAUUCAUGUUUUAGUCAUUUGAAAAAGAAAAUCUGUUCUACAUGUUUGAACUUAUGUUCUAUAACCUGGUGGCUAAGCAAGUUUUGAUGGCUUAUCAUUCAAUAUAACAUGCUGUUUUAGUCCAUAUUUUACAUACGAGCUUUGCUGGUGAAUGAUUGACUCAUAUUCUGUGGUUGUUUUGAGAAACACUGUGAUCCAAAAUCAGUUCCAGACGAAUGGGUUGAUAUUGACUCCUCUUGCUCCACUAUUAUUGUACAAACCAUUUUUUUGUACGUAUAAUGUUGAUAGAUAAUGACGGCUAUUAGAUGACCCUUGUCACUUUUUAUUAGUACAUUCGAAACCACAAGAGGUACAUUUCUAUGAAUGCAGUAGCAUGUUAUUUAAGUAAAUUCCGUUUAUUAUUUGUCAGGAAAAUAAUGAACUGCUGAAAGUUAUUUAUUGAGCCUUGGUUUCCCAGAAAUUAAUUGUCAAGGGAACUUGAAAUUAUAUGUGCAUGUGUGUCAUAACUGCUACAGUACACAUUUAAUUAACAAUUGGAAAACAAACUUUACUAUGCAGUUAUGAAUUGCAUAUCAAUCUUCUUGCCACUGGUGCUUAUUUCCAUGUCAUGCUAUUUUUGUACACUUGUUUUCCUUACCUAAAAACAUUCAUGGAGACAACAUUAAGUGCUUUAAUUAGAAAUAUUCAGUUAUAAAAUUUUUAAUUUUAUGGUAUAAAAUGUGUGAUAAAAGUGCUAAUGAGUGAGUGAAAUGAUGCUGGAAAAUCAUUGUAGCGAUUUAGCUAAUUAGUCUCCCUCUGACCUACAGAUUUCUUUGUAUGAUUUAAUUGUCUUUGUUUCUGAGAAGACACACUUACAAGGGCAGUAGUCUUACUGUUGGCUACAAUGAACUUAUUAGUAGAGCAAAAAGCAGAACACUCUUUUUUGUUACAUACUGAACCACUAACUUUCAGGUAAAAUUGCCCAUUAUUGUUAAUGUGCUUCUGAAAGUACUAACUUGGAAAGCUAUCUUAUAUUUAAUAAAUUAUAUUAUCUGUACAUACCUGUACACAUAUGAAUGUAUUUACAUUAAAGUCGAAUUAAGUAUGCAGUCAUUAUGAUGACUCUCCAUUAAGACACCAAAAAUGUAUUUUAGGGUUUUCUGAUGGCAUAUAUGUAAAUACAACUUGCCUGUUCUGCCCUGAUAAAGUGAAGUCUAGAAAAAGACUUGAACUGAAUGAAUCGAAAUCACUUAUAGGAUGAACUGAGUGGUGUUAACUUUCACUAAUACUGGAGAACUUAAUUUUAUUUGUGUACCUAACAAUAUGCAUUCUCUUAGAAGUGUGUAAUUUCUUUUUUUGAGUCAAAUUAUUUCUGUUGUUUUAGGAAAAUAAAUAUUAAAAACAUGAAGCCAACUACUCAA